AUGGCGGGGCAGGCAGCAUUUGAUUUUGUCUUCAAGGAGAUGCUCCCUGGAGGUAUGAAGAAGGACAACAAGCCUCCAAGCAAUGAAGACAGUGAAAAUGCUUCAAGCAAGCAACUUUCUGUGAAGUGGCGCCCUUCAGUCAGUGAACUUGCAAAUGAUGCUCAGGAUGAGAAAGACUCGUCCCAGGAAGCGGCAGGUUGUUCAUGGGGGAGUUUGCAGGCUCCCAAGACUUCUUUGUCAUUGGAAUUCCAUCAUGAGACAGGUCAAGUCCAGUUAGCAUUGGAAAAUGGCCAGCUGGCAUUGGAAGACCAAAAGUCACCUGACACCAAGAGGAACAACGGCAAGAAGCAUGAUGGCAACCAGUCGCCUACUAAGUCGCCCUUGAAAAAAAGGCCCGCUGCUGCCAUGAAAAAGCCCACCAACAAGCAGGAGGGCACCAGCACCAAGAAGCAGAAGGCCACGGAAGGGCGCAAGACCUUCGCCAAUCGCCCAUGUCCUCCUGGACCUGAUGGCUCUACUAGGUUCAAGGCCAUCGAGAAGGCCUACAACACUGUGAUCAAGAACAAGAUCUGCAGGAACAAGGAGGGCGACUUCUGGACCUAUUGCCGCGAUCAAUGGAAGGACGAGGCAUUGGAGUUGCCCGACUAUGAGCCCUUUGCGAUGAAGGCUGCUGAGAAGUGGCUGAAAACAGCUGGCCAGGAAUGGCUUUUGGAUUAG